AUGAUGCUUAACAUCGCAGGAAGUGUUGACGGUUUGGACCAAGAUGUAACGGGAAAGUCGGCGUUCAUGGAACUCCAGCAACAGCCGAUGCCUCCAGGAAUGGCACACCCGGCCUACCCGAUUCGAUCUUCGUACCCAACUCACCAAAGUCAACAUGAAAAUGUCUUUUCCACAGCACAACACACUCGGCCAUUUACCUACCCUUUCGCUAUGAAUACUAUGUCGGCGACCACCUACAAUCCUCCAACCCAUGCAUUUUCUGUGACCCCUUAUCAAACGACGUCUCCAACUCGUGAAGGAUGUACGUUUUAUUUCCCCACAGAGAAGUCUCAGAUGGAGGAACAGUUGAGAAUCAAUGGCAAAGGCAAGAAAAUGCGUAAACCGCGGACUAUAUACUCCAGUCUGCAACUUCAGCAACUAAACAGGCGUUUUCAACGAACGCAGUAUUUGGCCUUACCCGAGCGAGCCGAGUUGGCCGCUUCUCUUGGCCUCACGCAAACCCAGCGUUUAGAAACUUGUACUAUUCUUUUUCGGGUUCUCUGCCGUCCACUUCCACAAGCAACAGCUACUCGCCCGCCUACAUCAACAACACCCAAAUAUAUUUUCCUCGCAAUAUCCAUUCUUAUUUUGACUGAAACAUCUAUCUAUCUAUCUAUCUAUCUAUCUAUCUAUCUAUCUAUCUAUCUAUCUAUCUUUCUAUGA